AGGGCACAGUCUCUCAUCAGGAUUAGAACAGGUUGAAAGAUGGCUCUCAACGUGCAGCCUUUUCUGCUGACUCUGCUUCUCCUCAGUGUUAAUGUUUUCAUCAGCUGUUCUGCUGAGGAGGACGGUGUGACCGAGGCCUGGCCCAGGUCUUGCAAAUGUGAAUGUGAAGGAUUGGAAACUCCAACUGAGUUUUCUACUCUGGCUCCUGGUUCGUCCAUGGUACGAGGACUGGACUGCAUGCCAGAGGUGAUCUAUCACAAGCCUCUGGGCUUUGAGGCAGGAUCAGUAGGUCCUGACCAGAUCACCUGCUCUAACAUGGAGCAGUACACCGGCUGGUUUUCCUCUUGGCUUCCCAACAAGGCCAGACUAAACUCCCAAGGUUUUGGGUGUGCCUGGCUGUCUAAGUUCCAGGACAGUAAUCAGUGGCUGCAGAUCGACCUUCGUGAAGUGAUGGUGGUGUCAGGGAUUCUCACCCAGGGCCGCUGUGAUGGUGACGAGUGGAUCACCAAGUACAGUAUUCAGUACCGCACUGAUGAGAAGCUCAACUGGAUCUACUACAAAGACCAGACUGGAAACAACCGGGUGUUUUACGGGAACUCUGACCGCUCCUCGUCUGUCCAGAACCUUCUGCGUCCACCUAUAGUUGCGCGCUACAUCCGUAUCCUCCCUCUGGGAUGGCACACACGCAUUGCCCUGCGUCUGGAGCUCCUGCUCUGCAUGAACAGAUGCAGCUGAGAGUUCCACUGUGGUUGUUCCCAAGUCCUUGUCCUGAGAUCUCUGACCAUACCACGCUUCAUGGUUCGAGUGUGGAACCUUGUCUUCUGUCCACACGUCUGUCCCUUUGUUCAUCUACUUGUU